AUGGCAGGACAACCUGUAAAGCGUGGCUUGGCAGCAGUUACGCUAGACUACAUCGGAUCAAAGUAUGUAAAUGCAGGCCCUGAACAAUGCAGCUACACAACACAAGCCGUCCAGAUCCCCAUGUCAGAUGGAGCGAAACUUGCAGCCGACUUCUAUAAUCCAGACCUACCCGACGACCAAGAGCCAUCCGGGCUAGUCAUGAUCCAAUGCUGCUACGGUCGAGGCAGUGGAAUAUCAUUUCUCAACGCACGCGUCUUCGCCGCUCGUGGUUACCGAGCCCUUUUCGUCAGCACGCGUGGUACUCACGGCUCCGAAGGAACCUUCAGCCCCGGACUUAAUGAGGCGAGUGAUAGUCAGGAUAUCGUCAAAUGGAUGCGUCAGCAGCCCUGGUAUACUGGCACGUUUGCUACAAUGGGAGCAUCGUAUCUAGGAUACAGUCAAUGGGCGCUUUUGGCUGAUCCGCCUGCAGACUGUGUCGCUGCUGUGAUUCCAGUUGGACCUCAUGAUCAGGCAUUCCAUGCCUGGGGUACCGGGUCUUUCCGGCUAGAUCGUGCGCCUUGGAGCGAUAUGAUGUCCCGUGGACCCGAGGAGCGUGGGAGCUUUCUUGAGCGUUUGUCCAGAUUACCAGGUCUUAACUUCUUAUCACCCAAGGAGCUGGAGAAGGCGUUAGAAGCCUUGCCAUUGGAAGCUAGUCUGCAAGAAUACUUCAAAGACAGGGCCCCUUGGCUGUUUGAGUAUUUGAAGAACCCAGAUAUUGAUGGUCCAUACUGGAGCUCGAGACGGCAGCAUGCUGCUCUUGAGCGUCUUAAUAUUCCCAUACUAUUGGUGGGCGGUUGGUAUGAUCCCUUUGAAACGCAGACCUUACACCAGUAUAAACGUCUCUCUGAGAGGGGCGUGGAUGUCAAUCUUAUUGUCGGUCCCUGGAAUCAUGUUCAAGGAUGUGGUUUACAUUCCAUACCUGAGAUCCUCGAUUUCUUCGCGCAGCAUCUCGCUAAGAAAGGAGACUACGGCCGGUCUCGAGCUCGCAUAUUUGUCACCGGUGCCGAAGAAUGGCGCUCGAUGCCUACAUGGCCUCCAACUACAGAGUCGAAACCGAUGUAUUUACAAGACUCUGCCGGCCUCGACUCAGAGCUACCUGGAGAAGAUGCAUCCACUGCCUCCUUUGUCUUCGAUCCUCGGAAUCCGACUCCCAGCAUAGGUGGCAAUCAGAUGAGUUCCAGCGGGCGAGUCGACGACAGUGUUUAUGCAACUAGAUCGGAUGUUCUAGCAUUCACUAGCAAGCCUCUCCCCGAAGACUUGGAGAUCCUCGGUACCCCAUCCGUCCAGCUUUCACAUUCGAGUGACCCACCCUUUGCAGAUCUGUUCUUGCGGCUCAGCGAGGUCGACGAAAAUGGCGUCUCUCACAAUAUUACCGAGAUGUACAAGGCACUUGAUCCGAAGCGCGACAUUGCCAAACCACUGCAUUUGGAUCUGCAAGACUGCGCUCACCGAUUUAAAACGGGCAAAAGUAUACGACUGGUUAUCGCUGGUGGCUCAUUCCCGAUGUUUGCACGAAGCCUGGGAACCGAAGAGGAUCGUGUGCGAAGUGACAAGAUUGUUCCUCAAACGCAUACCAUCACCAUCGCUGCUGGGGUAUCCCAGCUCACCCUUCCUGUAUUUAGUCCUGCUUGA